UCCCGCCUCUCCACUCAGAUCAUGUUGUUGGCACUGUGGUAGAGGCACGGCAUCUUGUUGUUUGUUUGCGACACAUCAGAGGAAAACAAAGAGUUGACGAAGCAGCUCAGUUUGGGAUUAAGACGAUGGCAGACAGCUGAAGCCUUCCGCCUGACCACACUGCGUUCACAGCGGCUAAGGAGCCAAACCAAAUAACCCAAACCACCUGAUGACCAGGAAGAGAGCUCAUCUUCUAACGACAGCGAACCGUUAUCACAAACCAGGUAACAUGAUGGAGGUGGCUGGUCCGUGGACAGAAGUAUUCGAGGGCUCGGAGAGGAAGGAGUCGUCUGAUGGAGCAGAGACGCUGCUGGGGAGCUCCACUCUGACUCUGGCUCCUCUGGUGGCUGACUCUCCUUCUGUACGGCGCUCCCAGCCCAUCCUGAUCACUGUGAACAGGACGAAGGGUGUGGAGUCAUUUUCCUCCUCUGUCCCGUCCAUUCCCAACCCUUUCCCAGAGCUGUGCAGCCCCUCCAAGUCUCCAGUGCUCAUCAGUUCACUUCCCUCUCCGUCCGCUAACAAACAUUUGAUAAAGGUGUACGGAGAGGACAGCCACAGCAGGUCGGUGUGGGUGUGUCGAGAGGCCACGGCCCGAGAGGUGUGUCACAUGUUGGUCCAGACGGCUCACUGCAGCGACCAGGAGAACUGGGCUCUGCUGGAGCUCCACCCCACCCUGGGCCUCGAGAGAUGUCUGGAGGACCACGAGGUCAUGCUGGAGGUUCAGGCGACGUGGUCCCUCAAAGGCGACACGAGGUUUGUUUUCUGCAAAAACUACGCCAAGUACGAGUUCUUCAGGAAACCGAUGCUCUUCUUCCCAGAGUGCAUGAUCUCCGACAGCGCCGAUGUCAGCAAGGGGAUGACAUCAUCAGAGCUCAUUCAGAAUCUGCUGAAGUCCGGGACGUGUCCGGAGAUUCAGGGUUACCUGCAGGUCAAAGAGCCCAGCCGCAAAGCCUGGAAGAAGGUCUACUUUUUCCUCCGCCGCUCUGGACUCUACUGCUCCACCAAAGGCUCCUCCAAGGAGCCUCGGCACCUGCAGUACGUGGCUGAUCUGGACGAUUUGAACGUGUACACCGUGGUGAACAGUCGUAAACUCUACGGAGCGCCUUCAGACUUCACCUUCUGCAUCAAGCCCUCCAAAAACCCAGUCCGUGUUCAGGACCUGAAGAUCCUGUGUGCUGAGAACGAACAGAUACGAACGUGUUGGACGUCGGCCUUCAGGCUGUUCAAGUACGGGAAGCAGCUUCAGUGCAACUACCAGUUGUCCAAGUCUGCCCCUCGAAGCCUGGAAGGAUCCAAACUCACAGAGAGCAAAUCGGAGGCGAGCCUGGUGGCCAUGGACUUCUCGGGGAAGGCCGGCGGACGAGUCAUCCAGAACCCAACGGAGGCCCAGUGCGCAGAGAGGGAGGAGGGGCAGGCCUGGAGGCGGAGAGAAGCCCUGAGGUGCAGUCUGCCCAACCUGAACUCUGGAGCCAGACCGUCCUCCAUCCACAAGUCCCAGCCGUGGUUUCAUGGCGGUGUGUCCAGAAAGGAAACACAGAGACUGAUGGAGAAGCAGGGCCUGGUGGACGGGAUGUUCCUGAUCCGUGAGAGCCAGCAGCACGCCCAGUGCUUCGUCCUCUCGCUGUGCUACAAGCUGAAGACCAAACAUUACCUGGUGAUCCCUUGUGAGGAGGGAGGCAGGAAGUACUACACCAUGGACGACGGCCUGACUCUCUUCAUAGACCUGCUGCAGCUGGUGGAGUUCCACCAGAUCAACAAGGGCAUCCUCCCCGUGUGCCUCAAACACCCCUGCGUCUGUGUAGCGCUAUGAGUCCCGCUCAGCUGCGACCUUUGCCCCCGUCGGCCCUGAAUCACACACCUUUGACUCAAGUGUAAAGUGUGAGUCGUCAGAUUGUUUUGUAUCUGUUCAGUUAGACGUGUGGAUGCUGUGGCAGAGCGGUGCAGAGCGUGAUAACAUCAUCAGGCCUGUAAGACGUGCACUCCUGGGAAGAGUUGAAGAAUAUUGUCCGCCCCUCCUCUCUGUAGUAUUUUUAAUUAUUCUGACUACACGUGCAGCCCCAGACAGUGGUUGGUUUUUAUUUUUAAUUAACGAGCUGCCGUCCCCGUGGCGAUGGCUUAAUUAUCCACGUUGGACAGACUGUUAUUGCACUUUGAUUCCGAUCUGUGCAGCCGUGGUGAGAGGUGGAGGACGGGUGGUGUGAUGAGUGCAGGAGGAGGAGGAAGUGUUUGAUUGUGGCUUCAUCAGAUCUCACUGUUGAAGUGAGCGACUGUAGCCAGCAGAGGGCGCUCUGAGUCAAAGCUGGGAAAACAGGACUUCAGAGGGGUUUUAUUUUUUCAGCUGUUUAAUGUAAGAAACAAACACCAAUGUGUUUUGAUAUUGUGAUAUUAUAAUCAUGAAAAGCCCCAGGAUGCGAUCAUGUAGCAUUUAAACUCUCACUCCCUCUGACCAUGUGAUGUUUUGUACAUUAACUCUAAUAUUUGUGCCUCAUAUGUUUGAUUAGAACAAACUUUAAGGACUGUCACCAACUUUCAGCGCUGUAUUUGCACAUGAUGGUGAAGGGAAGCUGCGUUUUCUUCUGAUGCUUAAUCAGCCACAUAUGUAACAUGAUGGACUUUCAUGAGGACGCAUUAAACGUUGUUGUUUUUAACCGAGGAAGACAGUAAGAUGUGGCGAAAGCUCUGGAAAAAGCAAGUAAGUAGAUCUUAAGACUUUUUAGCAACACUUUAUUUUACAGGGCCAAAAUUUCCCAAAUGAUUCCUAAUAAUUUCCCUGGAAGUUUCCUGGUGAUCUCAAAGGCAAACAGAGUCAUUUCUCGUCAGCUCGAAUCUUUAAACAAACAUUUAAAGUCUCCAAUUAUAAGUGAAUAAUAAAACAUAUUUGUUCCUCUUUUCCUUUAAUUUACACCAAAGUUAUUUUUAGGUAAUUUCUUGGGGAUGGAUUGGAAAUGAAACGCCUGCUAAACAAAUCAUUUCUGAUCUUUGUGUCGUCGCCGGCUGUUUAAACAUGUUUCCUUUUACUUUUUGAAUAUUUGCACUUACUGUUUUCUUUUUUAUCAUGAAGAUCCAUUUCUUAAUAUGUCAGCAUAUAAACAAAUAUUGUCUUUAUUCAUUCAGUCCAAAGUUUACUGUUUUCACACUUUUUUAGAAACAAUCAAACAGGGUUUGUUUGUUUUAAACACCUUGAAUGUUUUGUGUCCUUUUCAGACCUGUUUUUAUAUGUUGAAUAAAUAAUUUCAUAUUAAACAUUUGUUCUUAAAUUUCAAA